GAGACGGUCCCUAGCCGGGGAUCCCUACGGCCCCUCCCCCCCCGUGGUUCCCCUGGAAAUAGGGGCCCCCCCUUCCCGCGUGCGGUUAGGGGCCACUUCCGGGGGGCCGUUUCCUGGGCGGGGGGCACAGCCUAGGCGCUGUCGCCAUGGACUGCUUGCUGGUGAGCCGGGACGGGCAGCACGAGCCCCUGGCCCUGCCCGACGGGGUCCCCGUGGUGCUGGGCCGGGGGCCCCGCACCCGCGUGGCGGAUAAGAAGUGCUCCCGGAAGCAAGUGGAGUUACUGGCUGACUACAAACACCGGGCUGUGAGAGUCACCCAGCGGGGCGUGAAUCCUACGUCGGUGGAGGAGCUGCAGCUGCAGCCAGGUGACAGCAGCACGCUGCAGGAGGGGCAGACGCUGUGGCUGGUGAAUGGGCGCUACCCCUACACCCUGCGCUUCCUGCCCACCCCCCGCCGGAGCCUACUGGACUUCUUCAGCCCCAAGCGCCAUCCGCUGGCUGAGGGCGAGGAGGAGCGGCCCCCCAAGAGGCCGAAGGCUCCCAGCCCCUCCGAGGAGGAGGAGGACGCUGCCGUGGCCGUGAAGCUGCACCAGCUGCAGGAGACAGCAGCCAGUGCUGAGCAGGCAAAGGGUGGGGCAUCCCACCUGCCCCAGGGGAGGUCUUUGGGGCUGCCCCCCCACCCCAGGGACUCCUGGGAGGAGCAUGGCAAGCUGCUGGUCUUCACCAAGGAGGGUGUGGUGCCCAGUGCCAAGGUCGCUGGGUUUGACUUGGAUGGAACCGUCAUCACGACUAAGUCUGGGAAAGUUUUUCCCACCAGCCCCGAUGACUGGAGGAUUUUGUACCCUGAGGUUCCCCGGAAGCUGAAGCAGCUGCAGAACGAGGGGUACAAGGUUUGUUCUCCCCCCUUCCCCUGGGUCCCCCCCACUCUGACCAGUUCCCUGAUGUCCCAUGUGUCAUGUCUCUCCCCCCCCCCCCAGAUCGUGGUCUUCACCAACCAGCUGGGGAUCAGCCGGGGGCGCGUGCGCCCUGAGGUCUUCAAGGCAAAGGCGGAGGCCGUGGUGGAGAGACUGGGAGUUCCCGUGCAGGUGUUCGUGGCGACUGGAACCGGGAUCUACCGUAAACCCCUGCUGGGCAUGUGGGAGUACCUGUGUGAGAAGGGGAACGGCGCCGUGUCUGUGGCCCUGCAGCGCAGUCUCUACGUGGGAGAUGCGGCCGGGCGUCCCCCCAAUUGGGCUCCUGGGCACAAGAAGAAGGAUUUCUCCUGCAGCGACCGCCUGUUUGCCCUGAACGCCGGGUUGCCGUUCUACACCCCUGAGGAGUUUUUCCUGGGCUGGGCGUCCGCCCCCUUCCAGCUGCCCCACUUUGACCCGCGGGAGCUGGAUCCACACGGGCGCCUCUAUGACCCCCCUGACGCUCCCCUGGUGUCCCCCACACCGGAGCUGGUGGUGGCUGUGGGCUUCCCUGCAGCAGGCAAGUCAACCUUCCUGAAGAGCCAGCUGGUGCCAGCGGGCUACGCCUAUGCCAACCGGGACACACUGGGCUCCUGGCAGAAGUGUGUGGCGUUGGUGGCACUGGCACUGCGCGAGGGGAAGAGUGCAGCUGUGGACAACACCAACCCAGACCCCGAGUCACGCCGCAGGUACAUUGAAUGUGCCCAGGACGCCGGGGUCCCCUGCCGCUGCUUCCUCUUCACUGCUACCCUGGAGCAGGCCAAACACAACAACCGGUUCCGGGAUCUGACGGCCACGGGUCACGUCUCUGUCACGGACAUUGUGCUAAACAGCUACAAGAGUAAGUUUGUGGAGCCAUCGCUGAGCGAGGGCUUUGCCCAGAUCCUGCGAGUUCACUUUGUGCCUUGCUUCACCGACGCCCACGAGGAGGCGCUCUACCGCCAAUUCUCCGAGGGCUGAGCUGGGCCCCCAGGAAAGAUGCAACUCAAUAAAGCCGGAGCAG